AUGGCUUGGGGCGUGGGAUCAGAUCUCAGGCCUUGGGGGCACAAACCGGGCAGUGGGGUGAGGAGGACCAGAGGUGGGGGGCCAGGGCCCGCCGGCCCGCCCCGGACACCCCUCCCCCUCCCGCGCGGGCGGCGGCGGCGGCGGGAGCCUCCCGGGCCGGUCAGGAAAAUGGCCGAUGGGCCCGGGGUGGCCUGUCACCCGCGGCGCCGCCACCAACCCGCGAUGCCGGCCACCCUACAGGGGCACCCCACGCUGACGACUCGGGGACCUGGCGACCCGGCCUCGCCCCACCCCCACCCCGGCCCGGCCCGACCCGGGCGCUCUGGGAGUCCUCGCCGCCGCACCGUCCCGCAGCCCCACGGCAGGGCCCUUACCCAAAGCCGUCUCCGCGGCAGGCAGGCGGCACGAGCUGAGGCCCGACGCAGGAGGCAGAGGCGAGCGGGAAGCCGGGAGGCGGGAGGCGGCGGCGGGCCGAGCGCGCGGCGGUGGCGGGAUCCGCGCCUGCCCCCUACACCGCGCUGGCGGCCGAGCCGGCUGCUCCUGCGCCCGGCUAAGAGCGGGACAUUUAAAAAUCCCUGCGCGCGGAACCGGCCCCCGGCCCGCCCUCGCGCCCUCCCGCCACCCUCCGCCCCGCCCCGGCCGCUCAGAGCCCCUCAGCGGCCGCCCGAGGGCCCGGGCCCGCCCAGCAGCCGCCCUCAGGACCGCCCAGCCGCGGCGCAAGCCAGCCGAGGCACUCCGAACCGACGGGGGGGCGGGGCCUGA